CUGUGGCCUGGAGGUGCCCGAGCAGGUAGCUACGUCCCGGCUGUCCCGCGGCCGCCGCGCCUGCGCAGUUACAAGUCCUGCGGCCGCGCGCACAGGUCCCUUUCUCGCGCUGCCGGGAUGCCGAAGCUGAGCAAAGAGGCCAAGCUGCGGCUGCAGCAGCUCUUCAAGGGCGGCCAGUUCGCCAUCCGCUGGGGCUUCAUCCCCGUCGUGCUCUAUCUAGGUUUUAAGAGAGGUGCAGAUCCUGGAAUGCCUGAGCCAACUGUUUUGAGUCUACUUUGGGGAUGAAAGAUUGGCCAUACUGUACAGGAACCAUUUGAUGGACAGAGAAAAUGAAGAUGUGAACCUUCACAAGGCUAAGGAAGGAGUACACUUUAUCACUAUUACAUUAGCUGGCCUGAACAGCUUCCUGAUGGCAUAGAUGUACAUACAACAAAAUGGAAUUUAUAUUGACCUAAUUUAUUUGGUUUACAGUGAAAUUAAAUAAAUACAGUUUGAAUCCA